AUGCAGAGGGCAAGAGUUGGAGGGACAAGAGCUAAUGAUAACCACAGCGACGUCCCAGCGGCCUUUUAUUCGUUUUCGUUCGCGCAGAAUCCCGGUUGGACGUCGUUUCACCCGCCGGGGAAGGAGAUUGUGAGGUACUAUCAUCAGGUCUGCGAGAGGUUCAAGAUCACGGAUAAGAUUGAACUCAACACGGAUAUCGAGGAGUGCAGAUGGCUGGAGGAGGAGCAGCUGUGGCAGGUCACGAUCCGCCGCAUGACGGCGGGUAUGGGGGACUUGUCCGCCAAAGACCGCGCGAAGGUGGUGCAAGAGAAGGGCGAAGCGGCUGUAUACUCGGAGACGGAAAUCGUCAAGGCGAAGGUGGUGGUUAGCUGUGUUGGAGGACUUGUGGAACCGAAGGGAUGGCCGGAUGACAUCAAGGGGAUCGAGAAUUUCAAGGGGAAGAUGUUCCAUUCGGCGAGAUGGGAUGAGACGGUCGACUUCACGGAUAAGAACGUCGUUGUUGUGGGCACGGGUUGUAGUUCUGCACAGCUGGUUCCUCGAUUACCGAACGCGCCGUACAAUGCGAAGAAAGUCACGCAGCUCAUGCGCUCGCCGCCGUGGGUGGUUCCGAGCACGGCUACACCAGGAGGCGACGAGUGGUGGGAGAAGAAUGGACCCAAGUUGAUGAAGAACAUUCCCGGUGCAAAGGAAUUCCUGCGCUUCUUCAUAUUUGCGACGGCAGAGCUCCAGUUCCUCCAGCUAUUCCCCAACACGCCGUAUGCCGAAAAGAGCAGGAAGGUAUAUGAGGAACAAGUCCUGAAGCACAUGCGCAAACUCGUCCCGGAAAAGUACCACGCCAUCAUGACCCCCGACUACGGUGUCGGCUGCAAGCGCCGCAUCUUCGACAAGCGCUGGCUCAAGAGCCUCAACGACGAGAAAAUCGACCUCACAACACAACCCCUUAACCGCGUGACAGAAACCGGCGUCGUCAUCGGCCCCGGCGCCACAUACCCCAAAAACAUCAAUCCAGAAGACUACCCCGAGCGCGAAGUCCCCGCCGACAUCAUCGUGCUCGCCAACGGCUUCGACACUACACGCUGGCUGCAUCCCCUCAAAGUCGUCGGGAAGAACAACACCGACCUGGUCACCCUGAUGGACGAGCGCGGCGGCGCGCAAGCCUACCAAGGCACCGCCAUGGACGGAUUCCCCAACUUCUUCCUAAUCUUCGGGCCCAACACAGCGACCGGGCACAGUUCGGUCGUCAUGGCGAGCGAAAACAUGGUCGCGUACAGCCUGCGCUUCAUCCGGCUGAUUCUCGCCGGCGACGUGUCCACCGUGGAUGUGAAGAAGUCCGCGGAGCAGCGCUUCACAAGUGAAAUCCAACACGCGCUCAAAGAUACCGUCUGGCAGAGCGGCUGCUCCAGCUGGUAUUACACGGAAAACGGCUGGAAUAGCACUGUGUAUCCGUAUACGCAGGUGGACUUUUGGCGCAGGUGCAUGUGGCCCAAGUGGGCGGAUUGGAACAUCGAGUAUACGAAAAAGGGCCUGUGGAAUCAGAGGAAGAUGAGGGCGAUGAGGGCGCUUGCGGUGCUGUUGGCGAUUGUGGGCGCGUAUAGGAUUCGGCAGAGUGGGAAGAGGGUCAAGGAUGUUAGGGAGAGUAUGAGGAGAGCUGUGGAGGGCGAUGGAAAUCAGGCGAUGGAAAUCAGGCGAUGGAAAUCAGUGGAGAUGCCAUUGGAUGCAUCAAAGGGGUCUCAACGAAUCAUCUGGGGUAGUGGUCGUUCCUUCCCCGCAAACCGCCGCACAGAUCAGUGGGUCACUUCUUUCGCCGAUUGCGCGCUCGAGCCUGCUACCACGGAGCUUCCUAUCUACCACUUUGCUUCUCCACACAUUGUGGCCGAGGCUGCACCCUGGUCAGAGCGAAGAUGA